UUUCCAAUAAACGCCUCGCUAGCGUUCUACCGCGCUACCCACAGCUUCUCCCGCUACCCACACCUUCUCCCGCUUCUCCUCUUCUCUCGGCUCGCAAUCCUCAGAACGCUAGCGCGAUUUCCAUCUCAUUUUCUUGUCUGGUCAAUGAUGGAAGAAGAAUGCCGCUUUUCGUCAUCGGAUUCAUUCAAGGAGGCGGAGGUCGGGACGCCACUUUCGGCGGUAGUGGAGGCGUUUGAAGAGCUUGCGAAGUCUUUGGAGGGGAGUUCCGAGGACCUCCGGCUCCACCCCUUCCUCUUUGCUUGCUCCCAUGUCUCGGACCUCUUCGGAUGCCUGGGCUUAGGGUUCAAGUUUGCGGAGAUCGAAUACGUUUCAAAGGUGAACAAAUUAUUGCAAGCUUCAAAGGCAUUUUACACUUUGAGUGGCAUAAUAGACCAUGAUGUGCGAAAUGGCACAAUUAGAAAGUCAGGGAGCCAUUCACGUAAUUUGCGGAGGGUUAGGCUUGGCCUUGACCUUAUAAAAGCCUUGUUCGAGCAGUUUCUUUCAUCCAAAGAGUGCUCGCCAAAAGAAGCUGCUUCAAAUGCUUAUGCGCAAGUGUGUGCACCGUACCAUACAUGGCCAGUUAGGAAGGCAGUUGCUGCUGGAAUGUGUACUCUUCCAACGAGGGAGCAGCUAUUGUUGAAGCUACAAGACAUUGAAGCGGACUGGGCUGGAGAUCCUCUCACAAGAAGAUCAACGUCAGGCUACUACUCCUUAGGCGACACACUGAUAUCAUGAACAAUCAAGAAACAACGCACCGUUGCUCGAUCUUCUACGGAAUCUGAAUAUCGGGCACUCGUAGCACUUACAUCUGACAUUAUAUGGUUACGACGACUUCUCACAGAUUUUGGUAUUCACAAGAAUAUCCGACUGAUCUCUACUGCGACAACAUGUCUGCAAUUGCUUUGACCAAUAAUCCCAUGUUUCACUCUCGCACGAAACACAUUGAGAUUGAUCAAAAAUUCUUAAGGGAUCACAUCCAACAGAACAACAUCAGACUUCAUCCAAUUAGUACAAUAGACCAAGUAGCAGAUAUCUUGAUCAAAUCUUUGUCUACACCUCGUUUCCAUCAACUACGACUCAAAUUGACGGUCAUCCAAGACCCAUCAAUUUGCGGGGGCGUAUUAAAGCAAGCUAACAAAUCUCAGCCAUAGAAUCUGUUACUUAUUACUCUUUACGAUAGGAAUAGGUGGAAGCUUAUUAUUGGCUGCAAUACCUGUAAUCCUUCUACCUACUUCUAUAUAAAGACAUGUAUCUCUAUUGCACAGGUUUAUGACAGAAAUAAUAAACUUCUCU